AUGGCAGACGACGACAAACUUCACGGUACCAUGUCUUCCAAGCUCGCCACCGUCACCACGCAGCCCUUCGCUCACCCCGAACCACAAACAAUCAGCUCUUCGCAUGAGCUCAGCGACGACGCCGCUGGAGGCCACGACCGCACCACGUCAUGGACUCGUAGUCCCGGCACGCACGCUCGCAAUGCGGCACGCAAGCUCACAACUCGACACGGCUGGUUCGGCGAUUACAAGUUCGGCCCACUCUGCCUUCCGCGCCUGUUCCCCUGGAAGCCCGAAUCGAAGCUCAACGGCGGCGAUUCUGAGACUCCUUUCUACGGCGUUCACGACGAGCUUCCUGUAGCAGUCGCUAUGCUAUGUGGAUUGCAGCACGCGCUCGCGAUGUUGGGUGGUCUUAUCACGCCGCCCAUGAUCAUCGCAUCGUCGCUCAACCUGUCCGGAGAAACAUCGGCGUACCUCAUUUCUGCCAGUCUCAUCACGUCAGGAAUUAUUUCGGCCAUCCAACAAGCUGCCAUCCCCCUGCCCUUCAUGGGCGGCCGACAGCUAGGAACCGGUCUGCUCAGCGUCGUCGGUACGAGUUUUACCACCUUGUCCGUCACGACCAGCAUCUUCACCAACUUGUACGCCGAUGGCACCUGCCCACUCAAUGCGGACGGAACCCGGGCCGCAUGCCCCGAUGCCUAUGGCUACUUGCUUGGCACGGCAGCCGUGUGUGCUUUGCUCGAGAUUGCCUUGUCGUUCCUACCUCCUCGAGUUCUUAAACGCUUGUUUCCACCUUUGAUCAGCGGUACAGUUGUCUGCUUGAUCGGGAUCAAGUUGAUCGGAGAAUCUGCCAUCCCUUCGUUCGGCGGCGGCGCUUCCUGUCAGGGUACGACUCAGCUUUGCAUGGGUACUGAUCACCGGGCCUACGUCUGGGGUGAUGCUCACUAUCUCGGCCUCGGCUUCCUCGCAUUCAUGACCGUCGUGGUAACCGAGAUCUUUGGCAGCCCUGCCAUGCGCAACGCAUCCAUCGCCAUCGGCCUCUUGUUCCCCCUCGUCAUCGCAGGACCGCUCGGAUACAUGACAUCAGCACCCAUCGACGCCGCACGACCCAUCACGUUCCUCUGGGUAGAAACGUUCAAACUCCGGGUGUACGGCCCGGCCGUGUUGCCUCUGUUGGCGGUCUACGUUUCUCUCAUGAUGGAGUGUAUCGGCGAUGUCACGGCGACGUCCGAGGUCAGUCGUGUCGAAGUGGACGGGCUGGCGUACGAUCGACGCAUCAGCGGUGGUGUUUUGGUCGAUGGUCUCGCUGGCGUAUUUAGCGCUCUCUUUACGGUACCGCCUCUAUCGGUGUUUGCGCAGAACAACGGUGUGAUCGCCAUCACCAAGUGCGCAAACAUCCAAGCCGGUCGAUGGUGCAGCUUCUGGCUCAUCCUGUUCGGCAUCAUCGGUAAGCUGGCCGGUUGCGUACGGGCUAUCCCGCAACCAGUGCUUGGCGGUGUUCUGCUGGUGCUCUUCGGCUCCAUCGCUGUUUCCGGUGUCAAAGUGUUGCAGACCGUCACGUUCACCCGACGAAACAGGUUCAUCUUGGCACUCAGCUUUGGAUUCGGCUUUGGAACCCUGCUGGCAGAUGACCUGUUCAGCAACCUCUUCACGUACAGCGGAAGCAACAAGGCGUUAUUGGGCUUCUUGGACAGCAUCGUGAUCGUUAUUUCGACGCCGUUCUUAAUCAGCGCCAUCGUGGGCAUGAUCGCGAACGGGAUCCUGCCGAUGGACGAGGAAGACAGACAGCUGCAGAGGUUGCGGGAUGCGCCGAGACCGGUGGACCACUCUGCAUCGGAUGAAAAGCUGUCUGCCUAG